CUCAGAUUCCCAAAUGGACCCCUCCACUUUCCUAAACCGCGCUCUCCCUAGAAACGUUUCCAUCUCUCCAAUUGCAUGUCAGCAAUGGCGGUUCAGAUCACAACCAGAGCCUUCUUGCACCCAAAACCAGAGCCAGUACGACUUGCUUCUAGAGCCCAUUCGAGCUCGUUUAGAGUUCGAUGUGAUGCAGCUCCUGAACCAGAUCUGAGCGUUAGGGUUAAUGGGCUCCAGCUUCCAAACCCUUUUGUUAUUGGAUCUGGUCCUCCUGGCACAAAUUACACUGUUAUGAAACGGGCUUUUGAUGAAGGAUGGGGGGCUGUUAUUGCGAAAACUGUAUCACUGGACUCUACUAAAGUUGUAAACGUCACCCCUCGCUAUGCACGUCUCAGAGCAGGAUCAAAUGGAUCAGCCAUGGGGGAAAUUAUUGGGUGGGAGAACAUUGAGCUCAUCAGCGAUAGGCCACUUGAGACUAUGCUCAAAGAACUCAAGCAAUUAAAAGCAGAGUAUCCAGACAGAAUACUCAUUGCCUCUAUUAUGGAGGAAUACAAUAAAGCUGCUUGGGAGGAACUAAUUGAGCGAGUGGAAGAAACUGGUGUUGAUGCCUUUGAAAUUAACUUCUCAUGCCCUCAUGGUAUGCCUGAGCGUAAGAUGGGUGCAGCAGUUGGACAAGACUGCGAUUUGUUGGGAGAGGUCUGUGAAUGGAUAAACAAGAAAGCUACAAUCCCUGUAUGGGCGAAGAUGACUCCAAAUAUUACUGACAUUAGUAAGCCUGCUAGAGUUUCAUUGGAGUCGGGAUGUGAGGGGGUCUCAGCGAUUAACACCAUUAUGAGUGUCAUGGGGAUUGAUCUCAAAACUCUACGUCCGGAGCCUUCUGUUGAGGGGUAUUCAACGCCAGGAGGAUAUUCUUCCAAGGCAGUGCGUCCUAUUGCUCUUGCAAGGGUUAUGAGCAUUGCACAGAUGAUGAAGUUGGAAUUCAGUAAUGAAGGUCGUUCACUUUCAGGAAUUGGAGGAGUUGAGACAGGGGACCAUGCUGCUGAGUUUAUUCUUGUCGGAGCAGACACUGUUCAGGUUUGCACAGGUGUGAUGAUGCAUGGUUAUGGCCUUGUGAAGAAACUGUGUGCUGAGUUGAAGGACUUCAUGAGGAUGCACAAUUUCACAUCGAUCAAGGAUUUCAAAGGGGUAUCUCUGCAAUAUUUUACAACUCACACGGAUUUGGUGAAGCGGCAACAAGAAGCAAUAAAGCAGAGGAAAGCAAUCAAAAAAGGCUUGCAAUCUGAUAAGGACUGGACUGGUGAUGGCUUUGUAAAGGAGACAGAAAGCAUGGUUUCAAAUUGAUAAUGGCAUUGUAAGGGAGACAAAGAAUGGUUUCACAAUGAUAUAAUAUGAGGGACUUAUCCCCUUUCUGUUCCAAUGCAUGGAGAAAGACUGUUCUACUGUUACUGUGUGGUAUAAAAGAAAUCGCCUUUUCUUUAUUCGAAUAAGUAAAGGGAUUUUACGAUAGAAAAUAUGGAUUUCUGUGUUAUAUGGAAUGCUUUCAAGCUACAUAAAUCCAUGUUCGCUCU